UGUCGGACACGUAGUGGGAACGAGCAGGUCCCGAUGCACAAGUCACGGCAACCCUCGGCGGAGAUGAAGGCGGACUCCGACUGGCUCUGAUUUUUAACAGCCCUUUUCAUUCAGGAGGUUGGUUGCCAAUGGUUAUCAAUAUGGCAGAGCCGUUAUCCCAUGCACCCACUGCUACAAAAAUGGCGUCACUUAACCGGGUCCGAGCUUUGGCGAUGAUUUUCUUAACUGUCACUGGUUGUUGUGUCACCCCGACAAGUGGCAAGGAAGGGUCCGAGGAGACCGUCAUCAUAGGGCUCCGACUGGAGGACACGGACGACAUUUCCUUCAUGGAUAAGGGUUACCUGCGGGUGAGUGAGCGGUCUCGGGUGAAAUUGAGGGUGUACGGGCAGAACAUCAACAACGAGACCUGGUCCAAAAUUGCUUUCACGGAACAUGAGCGGAGCCGGGCGGUAGGGAGCGUUGACAGCUCCUCGGGGGAUAACCAGAGCCAAGAGGACCCGUCCGGCUUGCAUCCCUGCGGCAUUAGGACUUCGGAUAUAAUUAUAUUGCCCAACAUCAUCCUGAAUCGAAAGACGUCCGGAAUAGUUGAAAUUGAGGUCAAACCUCUGCGAAAGACGGAGAGGAGUAAAGAGUAUUACCUUUGCAUCGCCACCUCCACACCGGCCGUGGCUGGGAUGCACGACCCGUGGACGGAGAACACUUGGAUCUACCACGACGGGGAUGACACCAAAGUGAUAGUGGUGGAGGAGAAAAAGUUUCUGCUGCCUUUCUGGCUCCAGGUCAUCUUCAUCUCCAUGUUGCUUUGCCUGUCGGGUAUGUUCAGCGGGUUGAACCUGGGGCUCAUGGCUCUGGACCCCAUGGAGCUCCAGAUAGUUCAGAACUGCGGCACGGAAAGGGAGAAGAAUUACGCCAAAAAAAUAGAGCCGGUCAGGAGCCAAGGGAAUUAUUUACUUUGCUCGCUUCUGCUCGGUAACGUGUUGGUGAACACCACGCUGACUAUCCUGCUGGAUGAUAUCGCCGGUUCGGGGUUGAUAGCGGUGGUCAUGUCCACCAUUGGAAUAGUCAUUUUUGGAGAAAUCGUGCCACAGGCCAUCUGCUCCAGACACGGCCUCGCGGUCGGCGCCAACACCAUAUUCCUCACCAAGUUCUUCAUGCUGCUCACUUUCCCCGCUUCCUACCCGGUGAGCAAGCUCCUGGACUACCUGCUCGGACAGGAGAUAGGAACCGUGUACAACCGGGAGAAGCUUCUGGAGAUGCUGCGCGUCACGGACCCUUACAACGACCUGGUGAAGGAGGAGCUGAACAUCAUCCAGGGCGCGUUGGAGCUCAGGACUAAGACCGUGGAGGACGUGAUGACGCCGCUUAGAGAUUGCUUCAUGAUCCCCGGGGAUGCAACCCUCGACUUCAACACCAUGUCCGAGAUCAUGAAGAGCGGUUACACGCGCAUCCCGGUCUUCGAGGGCGAGAGGUCCAACAUAGUGGAUCUGCUCUUCGUCAAGGACCUGGCCUUCGUGGACCCGGAUGACUGCACACCGCUCAAAACCAUCACUAAGUUUUACAGCCACCCGUUGCAUUUUGUGUUCAAUGACACCAAGCUGGAUGCAAUGCUGGAGGAGUUUAAAAAAGGAAAAUCACACCUGGCCAUAGUUCAGAGGGUGAACAAUGAGGGUGAGGGAGACCCUUUCUAUGAGGUUCUGGGUAUCGUCACCCUGGAGGAUGUUAUUGAAGAAAUCAUCAAGUCAGAGAUCCUGGACGAGACUGACUUGUACACUGACAACAAAACGAAGAAGAAAAUCACCCAUCGGGAAAGGAAGCAGGAUUUCUCGGCCUUCAAGCCUACCGACAAUGAAAUGAAGGUUAAAAUAUCACCUCAGCUUCUGCUGGCUACCCUGCGUUUCCUAGCAACAGAAGUCGAGCCAUUCGCGCCGGUGCAAAUGUCAGAAAAGAUUCUGCUGCGCUUGUUGAAGCACCCGAACGUCAUCCAGGAGCUGAAGUAUGAUGAGAAGAACAAGCGGGCGGCAGAGCACUACCUCUUCCACAGGAACAAGCCUGUGGAUUAUUUCAUCCUCAUUCUGCAGGGGAAGGUGGAGGUGGAGGCAGGAAAAGAGGGGAUGAAGUUUGAAGCAGGACCUUUCUCCUUCUAUGGGAUGAUGGCUCUGACAGCCUCACCAGUCCCUCUGUCCCUGUCUCGUACGUUUGUGGUCAGUAGGGCUGAAUCAUUGGCAGGAUCUCCAGAAAAUAAAUCUCCUCCGCGGCCAUUUGGACUCAACCACUCAGACUCUCUAAACAGGAGUGAUCGCAUAGACGCCAUCACCCCAACUCUGGGCAGCAGCAACAACCAGCUCAACUCCUUCCUGCAGAUCUACGUACCUGACUACUCAGUCAGAGCGCGCUCAGACCUGCAGUAUAUAAAGGUAACACGCCAACAGUACCAGAACGCCGUGAUGGCGUCACGGAUGGACAAGACGCCCCAGUCCACAGACAGUGAAUUCACUAAGAUCGAGCUCACGCUGACAGAGCUCCACGAUGGAGUGGAGACCCCGACCGUCGUUACCACCACAGCCAGCACCACCAGCACCACCCCUGCCGUGGCCAUAGCUGUGGCCAACGAGACGUCCCACCUGCUCAACCAGCAGCAGAACUGUGUGGGUCUCAGCAGGAGCAACCACAGCGCCCACAACGAGGGACCCAUCUAGCUCCCACCGAGCCCCGGUGGAGACCCAGACCCUCCACCCUGUCUCAUGGACACACACAUAGAUGGAGAUGAGGGAAAGUGGGGAGGUGGAGGCGGGUGGAGUGAGGGUUCUGCUCCAACCAGUAGCCCCCAGUCAGUCACUCAGUCAGUGAGAGCCUUUCAUGGAGGGGCAGUGGGGAAGACGGGUGCCGCAUCACCCUGAACGCCCCCCACCUGAACGCUGUCAGAAUCCCUGCUGUACCACACCCUCUUACAGAGGCUGCACUCGGACAGUACCUGUGACUGAGCUUCUUUUUUGGGACAAUCUGACACUUUCAUAGCGGUGACUUGGACUACAGGAUGACAGAGUGCAUGCAAACCCCGUCCCUUAAACUCCCCCACCACACACACACACACACACACACACACAAAGACAUACAUGUAAACACAUGCAACAUAACACAACAUUUGCUGUAUUUUCUCCUCAGGCCAAAGACUUUGGUCCCCCCCUUCUUACACUGGACACAGACUGUUUUUGUACACACAUUCAAACACGCUCAGAUUCCCAUACACACACACUCAUGCACACACACACAUGCAAAUGCAACUCCCCCAUCCAUGCAUCUUUCAGGGAGGCUCAGUCGACUGUUGAUCCCAUCAGCGAGGACUCAAACCCAAACACGCAGAGAGCAACGGUUAGUCAAAGACUGCACCAAAAACCGCUUUGAAAGAAACCGUUAAACCACGAACCAAGAAUGUUUUCCUGUAUUUAUUUAUUUUAUAAUAUUGUAUGUAUAUAUGUAUGCGUGGAGACAUGAUAUGACAUAAACUGGCAUAUGAGCAUGCACGUGUAUGUACAUGGGGGUGUGCAUGGGGCACACGUGUCAUAUCAAAAAGGACAUGCUACAUAUAUGGAGAUGAACAUCCAUUCAUGUAUAUGAGGAGGUGAGGGUCUUUUACAGAUACAGUAUGUAUAUUACAGAUCUCGUUAUUUUUACUAUUAUCCUAAAUCAGGCUUAUGGUACACUAUCUUUUUCACCUUUAAAAAAAUCACACUAUUGCCUUUAAGAGAAAUCAUAUAAUUAAUUAUUUUAACAAAGUGCAAUGAACCGCAAUUUAUUUAAGAGAUGAUUAUGAAUUUUAAAAAAAUCACUGUAUUAUAAAUUGACAGAUAUAUUUGUAUGUAUGUACUGUAUGUAUAUGUAUAUUUGUUUUUGAAAAAUGCUAAACUGCAGCCAUCCACAAGCAAAAUUGUCUUUAGUCAGUCUCUGUCUCUUUCAUGUUUUUGCAUCCUUUGACCUCAAAACACGUCUAGUAUACGUUCAUAUGGGAGUUACGAUGCCUAGACCUGUCACCACAGUAGUUCGGAGGGUGGGGGGUUGGUUUACUGGAUGGGGUGUGUGAAAGUGCCAACACAGCACCUAUGCAUG